GCUUGGAUUCGUCGUUUCUUUGGUAUCUUGCACUGUUCAGCAACAUUGGAUUCUGCUAUCAACAACUCUUUUCAUACCCUCUAGCUGAAAGUACGAAGGCCUCAAUAUGCGAGGAAAGACUACAUAUAUCCCUUUAGAUCUAGCCUCCGUCUCCGGUUCCGUUCAACCAGAAGACUGCUUGAGAAAACGCCGCUUCCGUAGGAUACAUCCUACAUCUUCUGAUGGUCUGGAUUACUCCGAUUCGGCGACUCGAACUGCCGGCAAAAUCCGUUCUCAAGCCAUUGGAGAUCAUGGGGAUUCUCGAACUGGCUUGACAGAUGGACAACUUGGGCACCUGAGUCAGGAAAACCCGAUAUCUGUCUGCGAUGGAACUUAUCUGAACUCCACCGACGAGUAUGAGAGAGGACAUGUUCCAUCGAGUGCACAUCUCGUCUCAGCCCUUACAUCGGUAUUAGAUUCGUCUAUCAGCUCACCCACGAAUGAUUUGAGCGGAAGUGCCUCAACAAAGGCGUCAACCACCUCAGUAUCGUCUACAACAGCGUCUGAAAGUGCUUCCUGGCACAAACCGAAUGAUUCGAGCCUUGCGCUUCUGGAAUCGACUGUUGCAGAAUCACAAGUACCGACCGGUUCUGUGCUGGAGUAUCUGCCUCAGGGCCCACCGCUCACAACUUCCAUUCAGAGAAGCCCGCCCCUGUCGACUCUUGACCAGCCACCUCGUUUGCCUACUCGACCUCCGAAUCUCAUCUUGCCCUCACUGUCUCAUCCCAACUUACCAUCACGACCUCCUCCAACCCCAGCAUCCUGGCCUCGGAGACCAAUCCAUGCACCUCCCACACUUGGUCAGGUAUACUACAUGCCCGAUGGCAAGCUACUACCCGACUCGAUCAUCCACCACCAAAAGCGGCAAGAGCGGUUCUUCAAGCACCCUAUGCUCGUUGUCGGUCUAGAGGGCAACUACGCUUACUUCUACGCUCUAACCAAAUCUCCCCCAUGGGCCAUUCGCGAGCUCAACAUGUGCCUGCGCCUAGGAAACACAGCACAAGACGACGGCGCAGAAGUUCUACAGCUAGCCUAUGGUUCAGCGCCCAUGCUGUCUGAGACCUGGGUCAACCUCGAGCAGCGGUUCCACAUCGAGUGGCCGAACCUCGACCAGUGGGCGGUGGACGUGCGCGUCGACCCCAGCGCGCUACAGAAGAUCCAAAUACGGGUCAACGAGCUCGAAGCCAACCAGAACCGGUAUCUAUACAAGCCCCUUCCGCAAGACAUGCGCACGAUACAACCCGGCAUGGUGCUCAUGCUGCUUAAUCCUCGCAACUCCGCGACCCUCGGCGCUCCGGUCCUCGUCGUCAGGAACGCGUACCCGCACUUUGAGGUCCUGCGCAUCAAGCCCAUGGAGGAUAACGUGUACUUCAACGUCACAGGCCCGCGCAAGAACACGAAUUCGCGCAGCCGCUGUCUCGAGAUCACGCGGCAGCCGAAGAUGGGGCAUGAUGGCACGCCUGUCAUGCUGCUCGAGCCCGAAUCGCCGGGGAUGAGAGAACCGUCGUAUGUCGAGGUGUGUCUGAAGACGAAGUCGGCGAGUGUGGAUAUGUGCAGGACGUGGUGCUGGCCGCCGGUUCGCGUGCGCCCGCAGUCGAUGAGGCUGCUGGAAGAAUAUAUGGCGCGGCUUUCCGGGUCGGCGGCGUGGACAGCGGGGGAAGGAGUGACGGACGCUGUUCUGACAUCGAGGGCUUCGUCGGUGCUGCGCUCGCUUGCUCCUCCUGUGCCCUAUGUGAUGUUUACGACUUCUUCGGUACCGGGUAGCAUGGCGUAUGGAUUGAAUACCCCUGUGUAUGCCUUUCCACAUCAACUACAUGGCUACGCCAACCAGUAUACGACGACGGGUCCGUCUAUCAUCGCACCCAUGCACACUCACUAUGUUCCGCCUCCUCAGGCUAUAUCAGGAUACAGCUAUCCCCACUAUCAGCAGUACCGAGGCAACCACUACAUGCCGAUAUCGUGGGUGGGUGAUCCUCAUCUCACGUCAGCUUACCCGCGUCAGCAUGCCUCUAGCUUUGAGAAUGGCUAUGUCCACUCCAAUCAAGGCGGCGAGACGGGCACGACAAAAUUGAACUAUACUAUUUGACCUGUGUGGUCGCUGGCGGUACGGCAGUGAGUCAUCUUGCGUGUGUGCAG